GUUAUACGUAUACGUAUUUUAAGAGGUAUAUUUUAUGAUUUUAGUAAUAGUCGGUAGUAAAUGUACGAAAAUUUAACCAAACUUUUUGCGUACAGUUAGAUUUCCGUUGGGCCCAGCUGUUAGUAAUUCCUCGAUAGGGGGGCAACCCUCAUGGUGCGAAGGGCAACAUUUCGAGCAUGGUAUAAAAUGAGGGAGACUUCCGAGGUUAUGCGUUGGCUGUUUAAAAAUUGUUCAGACCCUUUUUUCUUCGCUGGAAGGGUCAUCCCCUCUCUGGCGCCACUCGAACGGCCUGGAAGCGAGUGAUUCCCCACCACUCGCAACGAGCCAAUCAGAUACUCGCAGCUGGCGCGUCGCAGGGCAUAUAAGCGGCGGUUAUCCAGCGUAACUUACAUUUUCAGUUGAGUUUCGCUGAGAAUACUGCUGUCCGUACCGUUCUUGAAGAAAGAUGGCUCGUACCAAGCAAACCGCAAGGAAGUCUACCGGUGGUAAAGCACCACGAAAACAGUUGGCGACAAAGGCUGCACGUAAAAGUGCACCUGCGACCGGAGGAGUGAAGAAGCCGCAUCGUUACCGUCCCGGAACCGUUGCUCUUCGUGAAAUCCGUAGAUACCAGAAGAGCACCGAACUUCUCAUCCGAAAAUUACCAUUCCAACGACUCGUUCGUGAGAUUGCUCAAGAUUUCAAGACCGACCUCCGUUUCCAAAGUUCAGCAGUAAUGGCCCUUCAAGAAGCUAGCGAGGCUUACCUCGUCGGUCUCUUCGAGGAUACGAACCUUUGCGCUAUCCACGCAAAGAGAGUAACCAUUAUGCCGAAAGAUAUUCAAUUGGCACGCAGAAUUCGUGGAGAAAGAGCCUAAGUUCCCUUCAUACAAUUCAAACAAACGGCCCUUUUCAGG